GUCCGUCCGUGCAUCCGUCCAUCCAUCAUUUUUACAGAGCGACAACUCAGCUUUAGACCGGAAUUAGGACCAGGUACAAAGGAUGGUCUCAUUCUCGCAUCUGCUUCUCGCUUAGGUAUCGUGGUCCGGUCGGCGGUGUGGUUAGGCUUCCCUGAUUUCGUUCAGAACGUCUCCCCCGAGAAUAGGACGGACAUUUGGCCUGCGGCCUUCUGCGUGGGGAGCGCCGUGUGGAUCCAGCUGCUGUACAGCACCUGCUUCUGGUGGCUGUUUUGCUACGCGAUGGACGCCUACCUGGUGAUCCGGAGGUCCUCGGGACUGAGCAUCAUCGCGCUCUACCACGGCAUGGCCUGGGGCCUGGGCCUGCUGCUCGGCGCCGAGGGACUGCUCAUGCUGUACCACCCGGCCCUGUCCAGGUGUGAGAGGGGCCUGGAGCACGCCAUCCCCCACUACGUCACCACGUACCUGCCGCUGCUGCUCGUCCUGGUGGCCAACCCCAUCCUCUUCCGAAAGACAGUGACGGCAGUGGCCUCGUUACUGAAAGGGAGGCAAGGCGUCUACACGGAGAAGGAGAGACGGAUGGGAGCCCUGAUCAAGACCCGCUUUUUCAAAAUCAUGCUGGUGUUCGUGGUCUGCUGGCUGCCCAACGUCGUCAACGAAGGCCUCCUGUUCUACCUGGAGGUGCAGCCGGACAUCAGCACGGGCGCUCUGAAACGCGCCCGCAGCGCGGCCAGGGCCACGUGGUUCAUCAUGGGCGUCCUGAACCCCGCCCAGGGGUUCCUCCUGUCCCUGGCCUUCUACGGCUGGACCGGGUGCCGCCUGGACUUCCAGCCGCCCAGGAAGGAGCUCCAGUGGGAGCCCGUGACCAGCUCAGCCGCCUGCGCGCCCCGUGGCAGCCCGGCCCCCAGGAAGGCGGCGCGGGCCGGCGGGCACACCUCGGACGAGGCCCUGAGCAUGCUGUCUGGGGGUUCCGAUGCCAGCACAAUCGAAAUCCACAUUGCAAGUGGGUCCCGCCAAAGGAACGAUGUUGAAUCUGUUCCAAAAGUCCAGGGAGACCUGUGAGAGGGACGUGGCAGGGUCCCAACCCAAUACCCUCCCACUCCGCAUCGCUCAUUAUUCAGAAUUGUGUUCUCGCCUUCCCAUCUCCGCUCUGUCAGGGAGUAUAGCGUCCCCCAAUCUCACUCUCUUUGUGAAAAGAGAGAUGACCCAUGAACGUGCACUUGGGAAUGGAAGACUUCUUUCUAGAACAGUGAUUUUCAACCAGGGCGCCACAAGAAUUUUUAACACAUGCAACACCUGACUAUUUAGUCAGGGGCACUGACCUCUCUUCCCUUAGACUGUCAAAUAAAAAAAUGACAGCCAGCACAAUAGCCACUCAGUGUGCAUGAAUUGAAAUUAUACCUGUUUUUAUUUGUCAGAUCUGCAAAAAAUAUAUUCUUUGGUGUGCUGUAGAACUUUAGUAAUUAGUUUAGUGCCACGAGAUGAAAAAGGUUGAAAAUUGCUGCUGUAGACCAAAUGCUCAGCAGCUUCUGUAGACGCUGUAAUGUAAUGCCAGGUCCAAAUCCCUGGGAAAGUUAAUAAAGUUGUUGUAACCAA